GAGCUAACCGGGGCGGGGUGUCUCCGUUAGCGGAAGCCGGAAGUAUCCGCAGCCCGCAGAUCCGCUCGGCGCCCCGGAAAGCGGAGCUCGCGCUACAGUCUCUGCUCCCCGCGACCAUGGCGGGGGUGAAAGCCCUUGUUGGUUUAUCCUUCAGUGGAGCCAUUGGUCUAACGUUUCUUAUGUUGGGAUGUGCCCUAGAAUAUUAUGGUGUGUACUGGCCCCUGUUUGUCUUGAUAUUUUAUGUCCUUUGUCCCAUUCCUCACUUCAUUGCAAAAAGAGUAAGCGAUGACACUGAUGCCGCUAGCAGUGCCUGCAGGGAAUUGGCAUAUUUCUUCACAACUGGAAUUGUUGUUUCUGCCUUUGGAAUGCCUAUAAUUCUUGCACGUGUUGAAGCGAUCAAGUGGGGAGCCUGUGGUCUUGUGCUAGCUGGCAACACAGUCAUUUUUCUUACCAUUUUAGGCUUUUUUCUUGUAUUUGGUAGAGGAGAUGACUUUAGCUGGGAGCAGUGGUAGGACUUCACUAUAAUUAUGGUGAUAUGCAACACACAUGUUUAUAUACUGUAUAUAUGUAUGUGUGUAUGUUGGAAUGUUUGUGCCUGCACAUGUAGCCUUAUGCUAUCCGAACAUAAUUAUGCUUUUUUACAGUUGUAUGUCAGCCAAAUUAAGGGCAAAGAGCCUUCUGACAGCUUUUUUUAAAUAGGUACAGAAUAAGCUGAAAUCACAAUUGCUAAAUCUGUCCUUAAAUCUUUGUUUACACAGUGUGCACUAUUUUAUUGAUUUUUAGUUUUUAAUUUUGAUAUAAUACUAUUGGUAUGUAUGUUGGAAGUCAGCUAACAUAUCUGACAUUUUUAACAGCAUAAUCAAAAUGGGCCUAUAUAUUGACUAUACUGUUUAGUCUUCUGGUUUCGCUAACUUGAUUAACUUCCGUUUUGUGACUAGGAUGGAACAAAUAUUUGCCUUUGUAUUCAAAUAAUUGUAAUUUUCAGUAGCUUGUUCUCUCAGUUUAAAAAAAAAAAACCCAUUGAAUACCUAUAAUAGCUGCUGCCAAGUUUCUCUUUUCUAAUCCACGAUAAAGGGAGAGUGAGAAGUAUUGGAUGUUCUAGGAUGCUAUGUUGUAAUUUCUCUGCAUUCUCAGGCUCACCUUUGUAUUAAUGGCCCAUAGUGCACCACCAGAAGACCACAUCUGGUCUUGGAACUCACUACUACAGGUAAAGGGAAGUAGAUUCAACAAACACCCUCCCCUCCACUCGUAUUCAGGAGUCAACAAAUAGAAAAGGAAAAUAUUGUGUUUUCAUCCCACUCUAGUUGUACUGUGGGUGUAUGUUGGGGGUAAUCUGAUAACUCCAUUUUAAUGUCUUACCAUGUUAUAAACUGACAUUACUUCUUAUGUAUAGUUUCCCCACCAAAGAAAUAUUUCAAACUGCUGUCAGAAAGUUUAUAAUCAGAAUGCAUUGAACACCUCUGUUGUAUUGUGGGUCAAAUGCCUGAAUUAUAAAGAAGUGAAGUGUUCCAGUUAGACGUCUUUAAUACAGCAGAUACUAUAGGACUUGGUAUUUCCUCAGUUCUUGUCAAUUUUUUUCAAAUGCUUUUACUCAAACUCUUACUUUCAACUCUUGUAAGAAAAAAUGGUAAUAUUCAAACAGUACAAUAUAUUUUAAAUGUCAUUAUUCUAAUAAACAUUUACAUAAUCACACUAUUAUUAUAUUAGCAAAUUUUACUACUAUGAGACAGUGAAUCCUUCAGAUUGUGAAGGAAGCAUUUAAUUUUGUAGAGGUUUAUUCUGACGUGACCUUAACUUUAGAGGCAUAUGUAAUAAAUUUCAGUACACCUGAAAAGGAGCAAGGAACUAGAAACUCUAAUUUAUUUUGUCAUAGAAAAAUGGGUGCAUCAAAUUCUGACAUUUGCAAUUAGAAGAAACUAAAUAUUUAGAUUGGGUAGAUAUUUUAAUCACCAGUUUUGUGGAAUAGCAAUUUGAGAACGAACAAUUUUCAUGCUUGCAUAUUUGCAACUUAUUUAUUCCUAACUGAAUGUUGCCAGCCUGUGAAGAUAUGGAGAAUAAAAUACCAUGAAUAAAUAUGCAACAGCCAUGAAGAGUCUGACCUAUGGAACUGAUGUAUGCUAUCUCCCCUAACCUAGAAAAAUAUCUGCUCAAGCAUUUGAUGUCCAAAAUAACUUCCCACAAUUGACAUCCUGUGGAUUUCCACACAAAUAAAGGCUUAAAAAUUCAUUACUGCUAUGUCAAUGCUUUGAGACUGUGGACUUUGGUUUAUCCUUCUUAUCAAUGAAAAAAAUGUAAACCGAAAAUAUUUUUGAAACACAAAUAAUGCAAUGUACUCAAAUUUCACUUUGCUGAUAGGAAUAUGUUGCUUAUUAUAUAUUUCACAUAGAUAUAGUUUUAAAUUUGUUUAGACACAAAACUGUUAUUUUAUCUUCCAAGUUGAGACUGCACUAUAUUGAUGUGAUGAAAGUUUCCACAGCACUGAAGAUUAGAUGUAGCAUUUGCUAUUUGCUGCAUUUUCAAACUGAAGGAAACUGAAAAUCAUUAAGUGUAUCUGAAACACAAUUUUUCUUGUAAAACACUUCCUUAAAGGUUAGUUUUCCUGGCAUCUUUAAAAUUAUCAUUGCUAGCCUUCACUGUAGGAUAUUUAACAGAGGAGUAUGAUGUCAAACAUCAGCAAACAUUCUUGUGUUUUUGUUCAUGACUUUCAUAAUCAAGGCCAUUAUCCUUAUGUGUAAAAUUUGUUGCACUAUGCUGAUUUUAGUGUAGAAUGUUAUAAUUGUAAAAUAUUACUCAGGGAAGUUACGUGCUCAAAUUACGAGUUGAGCUGUUUGAGGAAAAUUCACUUUUGGUUUAUCUGUUUUGCCUGGAUUUUGAAGAAGUAAUUUUUUGUAUCGCGAAUUGCUGUUCUUUCACUCCACCAUUUAGUUGAGUGAAAAAUAAGAAAAGGAUAGUUUAAAGUACAAAUGGUGUUGGAUCCUGCAGGUAACUAAGCUUGUGAGUUGCCCCAUUAAAUUUAAUGGAACUAAUUUGAAUAAAGGAUUGGUCGCUCGGGGUUUAAAUGAAUGUUUCAUAUUUCACUCUUUGGACUUGAUACACAGAAAUGAAAAGGAUGCACUAAACACAUUUCACAGUUACCACUCCAAAGAAUUUUCUUUAAGGUGGCGGUGAUUUUUUUUUUUUUUUUACUCAAAAAGGGGGGUUUGUUGCAGUUCCCUGGAAAUAAAGAGACUGUGAGACAUUAACUAUCAAUAUCCCCUUCUUAAUCAGCAUCAGAAACAAUCUUUUAAAAAGAAUGGGAGGAACAGAAAACAAGGUCCUACUGAGGCUGCUCUAAUGCUUCGAAGACUUUUUGUGUUGCACCUAGCUACCAUCAGGGUGGGUACAUUACAAAUCAGUAGAUAGCUGGUUGGAGACAGUAAACAUAGUUGGGUGGAGACCGUAAACAUUUUUUCCUGAAAAAUUACUCCAUACGCUAAUUCUCACUGUCAGUUUCCAUGCAAUUAUCAUCACAGUUUUCCUUUUUUAAAAGAAGUUGAAAUAAUAGUUAAAGUGAAUGAAGAGUUUAAAUCUCAGAAUUCUCAUCUGGCCUCCUUAAAUCUAAAUUUGCCUGAAUUAAUCUUUAGUUAAAUUAUCAGAAGUAGGAAGAAAUAACCUUCAGUUUAUUUGUUAAGAGCUGUGCCCAUUCACAAGAGUCUGGUGCACUGACAGCCACUACUAGGCAUAAGAGCAUCCAUUUAUUGCAGUCUCCUUAUAAUGUUUUUUCUUAUAUGCUAGUGAAUAUAUAUCCAAAGUGCCUUAGCCUCAAGAUUUAUUGUCCAUUUGAGAAGGCAUAGACAUAAAAAAACUAUUUUGCAAUGGGAUUGAAAAACUAUCAUCACAUAAUAUAUAUCUUUACUGUUGACUAAUAGCCUUUUCUGUAUUUCAAAAUAGAGUACAACUUUUGUAAUGUUUGUAAAAUAUUUCUUUUCCAUAAUUGCCAGGUUACUGAAAUUAUUAAUACAUUUGUAAAUUAAAGCACUCAUCUUUUUUCAAGUUGUCUAAUAAAACUGCCUAAAUGUAGAUGACACUCAA